AUGAUCAGAUGUGGCGCAAAAAAGCUAGUACUAGGAGGCGACUUCAACUCCAGUGUAGGGGACACCUCCCAGAGGGAAGAAGAUGACGCGGUAGGACCAUUCGGACUGGGUAGGACCAACGCGGCGGGGAGGGAUCUAUUAGAAUGGUGUCACGAACAGGGGUUAACCUGGACUAGCUCCUUCUUUAGGCACAACAGGAGGGGAACCUGGAAGUGCCCAGGAAGAAGAACAUGGCACGAAAUUGACGGAUUCAUGGUGAAGAAAAAAGACCGGAGCAGGGUAGUGAAGAGUAUAAACACGGUAAUAGCGGGUACAUCUCAAUCGGACCACAGGCCGAAAUGCAUGGAGGUCUGGAGAAGGAAGGGGGCGAAGGCAAAUAGGAAAAGUGAGACUCAAAGGAAAAUAAACUGGGAAGCUCUUCGAGAUGGAUCAAUCCGGCAAGCAUUCGCAUCGACAGUAGACGGUAAAAGAGAGCAACAGGGUACGGGUGAGGAAAGUGAACGCCUAAUCAACUUGAUUAAUGAAGCGGGUACAGAAGUGUGCGGAUUUAAAGAAAAGAAAGCACUGAGUCCAUGGCUGGAUACGCAUUUAGAAGAAAUACAGGGGUUCAAACGGAGGAUCGGGGCACUUACGAAGAGUUUUGAACGAACACGAACGGAAAACUUUAAAAUACAAAGGCAGGAGGUCAGGAAAGAGUACAAGAAGGCUAAAAGAAGAUGGGAAGAAGAGUGGUGGCUUAAACUGGUAGACGAAACAAAGGACGCCGAAGUGAAAGGGGAUAUAAGACGCAUGUACAAGACACUAAGGUACUUAGGGGGGAAAGACCUCCAGAACAUAGAAGAAGAAUUUUUCUCGCCAGAAGAGUUCAGACGACACUUCAUGAAAGUCUCGGAAGACAGAUACGAGCGGGACGUCAUAGAGAUAAUGAGAACGGCAUCGUCAACAGAAAUUAAGGACUCUCCAGAGGCAAAGGCAGCAGCGGAAGAGAUGGAAGAAGCAAUAACCUUCGUGGAAUUCGAACGAGAACUGGCGAACAUGAAAGACGGAGCGGCAGGAGUAGACAAUGUAAGUGUUAGCGCAGUGAAAGCCUUAAGUAUAGACACCCGGAAAGAACUAUACCAAUGCAUGAUGGAACAAUUAGCCACACCGGUUGAGAACUGGGCCGACAAAGCUAAGGAAGGAUGGGUCAUACCCCUACAUAAGAAAGGAGCUAGAAAUGAACUAGACAACUACAGGGGUGUGUGCCUACUCCCGGUGUUGAGCAGGAUAAUGGCAAGGAUACUAACGAGUAGGAUUAGAAAAUGGGCGGAGAACAUAGAGGCAUGUGGUGAGAAUCAAAAUGGUUUCAGAGAAGGACGAUCGACGUGUGACGCAACGCAAAUCAUACUGAGAAUAGAUGAGGAAACAAGGAGGGUAUUGGGGAAGGCGGAGACGACCGGGAGCUGUACUGUUAGAUAUAACAAAAGCAUACCCCCGAGUCAACAGGCCCUUAUUGUGGAUGGUUUUGGAAAACUUAGGAAUGACAGAGGGUGUGAUAGAGGUCUUGAAAAACCUGCAUGA